UGAUCAUUCUUAAGGAAAAAGAUGGCAACUUUAAGUGUUCCUCCUGUGCUUUCAUCCCCUAGAGAUGAUGCUAUGCAGCUCUUCCGAGCCUUUAAAGGACUGGGAACUGAUACAUCCGCAGUAAUCAAUAUUCUGGCUCAUCGAGAUGCAGCACAACGUUCCCUCAUCCAACACGAGUACAGAACAUUGUACUCUGAGGAUCUUUUUAAGCGCUUGUCUUCAGAGCUUACAGGCAGUUUAGAGACAGCAGUUUUGUUUUGGAUGCACGAUCUACCUGGACGUGAUGCUAUAAUUGUCAGGCAGGCACUGAUGAUAAACACAAUGAAUCUGGAAGCUGCAACUGAAGUGAUCUGCUCUCGCACGCCAUCCCAGAUACAAGUUUUUAAACAACAUUACCAUGCCAAGUUUGGAAUUCACCUUGAGCGUGACAUUGAAUCAUGUGCAUCUGGAGAUCAUAAAAAGCUCCUGCUAGCAUAUGCAAGUAUGCCUCGGUAUGAAGGUCGGGAAGUUGAUAGAGAGAUGGUUGUGAAGGAUGCAAAGGCUCUUUAUAAAGCAGGUGAGAAAAAAUGGGGAACUGAUGAGAAGACUUUCAUCCACAUAUUCAGUGAACGAAGUGCAGCACAUUUGGCUGCAGUUGAUUCUGCCUACCAUGACAUGUAUGGAAACUCUUUGAAAAAGGUUAUAAAGAAGGAAACAUCAGGACAUUUUGAGCAUGCUUUGAAGACAAUUUUACUAUGCUCAGAGAAUCCAGCAAAUUACUUUGCCAAGGUGCUGCACAAGGCGAUGAAGGGCAUGGGAACUAAUGACACUGCACUUAUAAGGGUAAUCGUUACAAGGACUGAGAUUGACAUGCAUUAUAUAAAAGCUGAAUAUCUGAAGAAGUACAAGAAGACAUUGAAUGACGCAGUUCACUCAGAAACUUCAGGCCAUUAUCGGGCUUUCCUUCUUGCUCUUUUGGGGCCCAACCAUUAACUGAAAAUGACUGGUGCGUGUACGAAGGCAAAAUCAUGUAAAUGUAUUUUCUAUGGACAUGAUUGGUUGGUGUCCAAAGGAUUGAGAUUUUUCAUGCAACUCUAGGCACUUUGCUGACUUCUUAUAAUUGAGUAAAUAUGAAGUUGAAACACUGAUUUGUGAAGAAGUAUUCUUGGAUAUACAUGUUUGAAUGGAUUUGUUAGUGUAUCUAA